UAGAUCUCCACAUAUCUAUUCUAGGUUCUCAAAACACUUUAUCUUUCACAAAUAUUAGCUCCAAAUUUUUUUAUUUUUUAUUUUUAUUUUAUUUAUUUUAUUUUAUUUUUUCUAUAGUAGAAGAUAACAUUUCAAUUAUUGCCAAAAUUGGUCAGCCAGGAAAACUAUCAUGUUGUCGUCCCUUGUCGAUGAUUAUAUAUGUGAAUUUGUCUAAUGAACAUGUAAAUUGGUGCACUAUCGACUUUUGCAAAACUAGGUAGCAAAUUAAAUUGUGUACCCAUACCCAUUUUGCGUAAUAAAGUAUACUCGUACUACGUAUCAGGUAAUAUUACCCAUACAAAUAAUAAUUCGUUCUCAUUCUAUAUUCUACUCAUACUAGUUUAUCUUUGAAAGGUGCAGAGUAAAAUUUGGCAUGGACGUAUGCACCAACGGCUCCCAACUCGACUAUGAUCGCGUAAAAGAGUUGGAAGCCUUUGAUGCUACGAAGGCAGGGGUGAAAGGGCUGGUUGAUUUAGGUACAAAAGCGAUUCCUAAGAUAUUCAUUCGACCGCCUGAGGAGCUCGUACAAGAGCUUAGCACUCCUUGUGUUAAGCUUGAGGUUCCGGUGAUAAAUUUUGAAGGAAUUGAUUGUAAAGAUCGUUACAAUGAGGUCGUCGAGCAAGUCAUUGAUGCAGCAGAAAAUUGGGGAUUCUUUCAAGUUAUAAAUCAUGGAAUUUCUUCGAAGGUGUUGGAUAAUAUGCUGCAGGGGAUCCGGAGUUUUUUUGAGCAGGAUGCUGAGGUAAAGAAGAAUUUUUAUAGCCGUGACAUGACAAAACAAGUUAAGUAUAUGUCUAAUUAUGAUCUUUAUAAUUCUCGGGCUGCGAAUUGGAGGGAUACUUUCGUAGUUGACACUUAUAAUUUUGAUCAUCCCGAUCCCAAUGAGUUACCUGAAAUAUGCAGGGAUACGAUGUUGGACUAUUUUAACCAAGUACUGAAGCUAAGUGAUGUUCUAUUAGAGUUAUUAUCUAUGGGUCUUGGACUCGAACCAGAUUAUUUGAAAGAAAUCGAAUGUAACAAGCAAUGGGCUUCAGUAAACCACUACUACCCUGCUUGUCCUGCUCCAGAAUUGACCUUAGGAACAAGCAAACACACUGAUCCUGCAUUCCUCACUGUACUAUUGCAAGACCAAAUUGGUGGGCUCCAAGUCCUUCACAAAAAUCAAUGGGUCGACGUUCAGCCAAUACCGGGAGCCCUUGUUAUAAAUAUCGGUGAUAUCUUUCAGAUUAUUUCCAAUGACAAACUUAAAAGUGUUUAUCAUAGAGUGAUUGCUAAUCAAGUUGGACCAAGAAUUUCGUCAGCAUUCUUUCUUAAAGGUGUUUCAUCAUCCUCAAAGUUGUAUGGACCGAUUAAAGAGUUGUUGUCGGAAAAAAAUCCAGCUAUUUAUAGAGAGUUCACUCUCGAUGCAUUUUAUGCACAUUUCUACUCACGACCCCUUGAUGAUGCUGGAUUUGAGUAUUUGAAAAUACAAAAUCAUGGAGUUGGCAGGUAGAAAAAAAAUCCAAGGUUGAUGAUUUGAGAUGGUGGAGUAGGGGCAUUGUUCUGGGAUCCAAUUGUGUGCUCUUUCUUGGUGGUUCGUUGUUGAUGUCUUGCUAUUCCAAAUUAUGUUAUUACUUAUGUAUAGGUUACCGUUUGUAACAUGCUUUCUUGUUUUGGGGCAAAGGACUAAAUUGCUUGCAAAGUAGGCUUUCAAGACAAAUUGAAAAUCUAGACAUGAGCUGCUUAGGGCAAGCUUUUUCAAUAGAAAAAAUAAAGGAUUAUGCGAGUCAUUUUUACA